AUGAAAGACCGACUUCAAGAGUUAAAACAGAAAACCAAGGAAAUAGAACUCUCUCGGGACAGUCAGGUGUUUGCGGACGAGGAACAAGGGGUGCUUGUCCAGCAAGCUGUUAUUUACGAGAGAGAGCCUGUGGCUGAGAGGCACCUACAGGAGCUCCACAAGCUACAGGAGAAUAUUAACAGCUUCGUGGAUGAUGUUCAAAGAUUUGGACAGCAACAGAAAAGUCUAGUGGCUUCCAUGAGAAGGUUCAGUCUACUUAAAAGAGAUUCUACCAUUGCAAAGGAGAUAAAAAUCCAAGCAGAACACAUAAACAGAGCAUUGGGUGACGUGGCCAAAGAAGUGAAAAAGUCAGAGGUCGAAAAUGGCCCGUCCUCAGUGAUCACAAGGAUACUGAAGUCUCAGUACGCUGCCAUGUUCCGCCGCUUCCAGCAAACCAUGUUUCUAUACAACGACACACUUGCUUUAAAGCAAGAAAAGUGCAAAACAUUUAUUGUCCGCCAGCUUGAGGUGGCCGGGAAAGAAGUUUCUGAAGAGGAAGUGAAUGACAUGCUUCACCUUGGGAAAUGGGAAGUUUUCAACGAAAGCUUGCUUACGGAGACCAGCAUCACUAAAGCUCAGCUCUCAGAGAUUGAGCAGAGACACAAGGAACUUGUGAAUCUGGAGAACCAAGUGAAGGACCUCCGGGACCUAUUCAUUCAGAUCUCUCUUCUAGUAGAGGAACAAGGAGAGAGCAUCAACAACAUCGAGGUACUGGUGAACAGCACAAAAGAUUAUGUUAACAACACCAAAGAGAAAUUUGGACUGGCUGUGAAAUACAAAAGAAGAAACCCCUGCCGGGCCCUGUGCUGUUGCUGCUGCCCGUGCUGUGGCUCCAAAUAAAGACUUUACUUUAGAAACUUUCUCAGAGUUUAGGGGUAAGGUGUCCACUUUUCAGAGUCUAGACUUGGUUGUCUUCAUUUCAUGAGUCUAGUCAUAUAUAUGUAAUCAUUGUUAAAUGGUCAUUUUGCCCCUCAGUAUUUACCUACUAACAUUACAGAAACUGCUAAAGCCAGUGACACAAGACAAGAAUCUACUUAAAAUGCACUGGUAAUCUAUUAGGUAAAAGUGAAAGAUCAUACAUCUCUGGAAAAAU